CUUUGUUGUGAACGGACGUCUCGAAUAUUUAUAAAAUUAAUAAAUAAAAACUCGCUGAAUCGUGACCUAGUUAGUUUUUACAUACUGACCGAAUCACUCUGUGAAACGUAAACAAUACUUUUGCUUAUUAUUGUCAAGCAAAAUAAAAUGUGUAAAGUGUUACCAAGCCAAUAUCUGUGACACAAUGGCGAGCAGCCCCUUUAGCCGGGGUGACCGGUGUGCCCGGAGUCCGCCUCCUACACCCGUGGCCGCAGCUAGACCUACACCCGUGCCUGCACAUGCACCCCCUCAGACGCCUACGCAAAAAAACGAGGUGGAGGUGAUCUCGACGCCAGAAAUCCAAAACUGGAUGAAGAUUAUCGACCAGUAUCUAGGUGAAGUGUGCACUAUUGCUACAGAGGGCAAAUUAAACUCAGACCAAAAAAUGCGCAUAAGUAGUUUAUGCAUGAAAAUUGGCCACGGCACAUCUCAAAUGGCUGUUCAGUACCAGUCCAUCAAGAUGAAAGCAGUUAUGGCUACCUCUACCGUCGAAAGACUGGAAGAACAAAUGGAAGAACAACUUAAUUUGUCGGAGCAACUACAACAAUUGAAGUUGACAAUUGGAGCAUCUAACAAGCCAAACACCGGACCUUCUUUUGCUGAUAUGGUUAAAAAAAGUUCCAACAAAUUUAUACAGCCCUUAAAUUUAAGCUCAGUGGCCAUCUAUCCUAACGACAAAUUAAAAUCCAGUGAGGAGACAAAGUCACUUGUACAAAAAAUCAUAUGCCCUGAACAGAUGAAACUACAAGUGAGAGGACUACGCAAGACUAGAAACGGCGGUGUUAUCAUCAGCACUGAAACCAAAGACGACAUUGAGAAAGUUAAGAAAUCGAUGCAGUCAACAAAUACAGGCCUAAUAGUCGGCGAACCCCAUAAAAGAAAACCUAGAGUUGUAAUUUGUGGAGUGCCCUCAUCGAUGCAAGAUAAGGAAGUAUUUACGUGUUUGUACAACCAAAACCUAGCCGACAAACUACAGGACUGUAGCCUAGAGACGUUUUUGUCCUCUGUUAAGCUGAGCCACAAAUCAGGUAAGAAGGAUGCUGAUACCUGUAACUUUAUAAUAGAAGUAUCUGCACAAAUACGUAAAGCCCUCAUGUGCAAAGACCGAGCAUUCAUUAACUGGUCGUCCUGCCCUGUAAGAGACUUCACUCUAGUGACACGAUGUUACAAAUGUCAGCAGUACGGACAUGCGGCUAAAUCAUGUCGGGAGACCACCUACAUAUGUGGGCACUGUGGUGAAUUGGGUCAUUCCAUCAAAGAAUGCACCAAGAAAGAAGAGGAACCAAAAUGCGCUACUUGCUUGCACUUCAAAAAGCCAAGCAAUCAUAAGACAGGUGCUGCGGACUGUCCAGCGAAAAUUAUGGCAGAAAAUAGGUACAUAAAUUCAAUAGAUUAUGGAGGCGCCUAGGAGCGCCGUAAAUUACGAUUCUUCAGGCCUUAUUUGUUAUUUUUAUACUAUUUUAAGUAUGUUUCAUAAUAUUAUUAGUGACAUAGAUAAUUUCUCUGUAUCUCAAUCGGGAGUGUGUGAUGUUGAACACUGCAAACAAUAUCUGUCCUCUUACACUAGCCCACUAACCAUACUAACCCAAAACAUUCGCAGUGUUUUUAAGAAUUUUGAUAACUUAAGCAUUUUUCUAAAACGUUUGGACAUAAAUUGUGACAUCAUUGUCCUAACCGAAUGUUGGCUUGCUAAGCAAUAUAACAUACCACAAAUACCGGGAUAUUGCAUGUACAAGAGUAACUCAACUACCAAUCAGAACGAUGGCGUGAUAGUUUAUGCUCGAGAUCAUCUAAAUGUGUCUAUCAUUGAACCAAAAAUGAACGACUGCAGCAGAUUGUUGGUUAAAAUUGGAGCUGAUUUUGCGAUAUUGGCUGUGUAUCGAUCUCCGUCCGUUACAAAUGUAAACAAUUUCACGUACUCUUUAAACGACACCUUGCAAAGCCUAUCAUCCUUUAAAAAUAUAAUUUUAACUGGAGAUAUUAAUAUCAAUAUUCUUCCGGGAAAAACAGAUGCUUCGGCAGAGGAAUAUAUGAACCUAUGCGCCUUCCAUGGGUUGCUACCCGCUCACACGCACCCUACACAUCAAAGUGGCUCCUGCUUGGAUCACAUAAUGCUUAAAACCAACUUCCCUGCACUUACCCUUGUAACUAAUUCCACAAUAACAGAUCACAGCGCUACCCUGCUUAUUCUUAACUGUAAAUUUCCUAAGGUCGCCCCUCGCACAGUAUCUAAAUUAAAGAUACAUAAACUUGAAGAAGACUUAGGCAAUAUUGAUUUUGACCCUGUGUACAAUUCCGCUGAUCCGCAGUUUUGUAUGUUGUACCUAAUUAAAAAAGUGCAACAUGCAAUUCAAAAGAACACAGUCAUAUCUAGAUUAAAUAACAAAAACUACAACAUCAAGCCUUGGAUCACGACCGGUCUUAUACGUUGUAUGAAAAAUAGAGAUAAACUGCAUACAAAGGCUAAAGGUAAUCCGAAUAAUUUAAUAUUGCAAGUGUCAUAUAAGCGAUAUCGUAACUUUUGUAACGACCUCCUAAAAAAAGUAAAACGCAAUUAUGAUAAUACUGCACUGAAAGAGGCUGGUGGAGAUAACAAAAAGAUCUGGAAAAUUGUUAAAAAUGUGACGUACAAUACAAAACAGAAUCAGUCUUCUUCAGGUUUAUUAAAUGCACAUUCAUCACAGUUAACAGCGGCGAAUAUUGCAAAUAAUUUCUUUGUUAACGUAGGCAAGCGCUUAGCUGAAAAAAAUCGGGGACAAUCGCAGUGCCUAACAAGCUCAUUGCAUGCACCCAACACUACCUUAUCAUCUUUUGUGUUACUAGAUACUGACGAAGCGGAAAUUGAAAGGAUUAUUAUGGGUCUAAAAGUCGACUCUGCAGUAGGCUGGGAUAACAUAUCUAACAAAAUUCUAAAGCAAUUUAAAGACCUUUUAGUACCGCCCUUAACGGUCAUCUUUAAUAAAUGUUUAAAUACAGGAGUUUUCCCUAAGUGUUUAAAAAAAGCUGUUGUUGUCCCAGUUUACAAAUCGGGGAGUAAAGACCAAGUGACAAAUUAUAGACCUAUUUCCUUACUGCCCUCUAUGUCCAAAAUAUUGGAAAAGAUUAUAAACAAUAGGCUUUAUAAAUAUCUGGAGGAUAAAUCUAUUCUCUCUACGCAGCAGUUUGGAUUUAGACCUAAAAUGUCCACUGAUGAUGCCGUACACCAUCUAACCGCCUAUCUAGCACAAGAACUUGAUAAAGGUAACCACACAGUAGGUAUAUUCCUCGACCUAGCAAAAGCUUUUGACACGGUUUCUAUUCCCAUCCUGUUGCGCAAGCUUGAAGCCAUAGGUAUCAGAGAUAUUCAGCUGAAACUUUUUAAAAGCUACCUAGAAGAACGAACGCAAUGUGUCAAGAUUGGAAAUGUUGUUAGCGAUGAUGAAAAAAGCACCGAUUUCGGUAUUCCCCAAGGAAGUAUUUUGGGCCCUUCACUCUUCCUAAUAUACAUAAACGAUCUCUGUAAUCUAAAUUUAGAUCACGGCCAUAUCGUUUGUUAUGCAGACGAUACGGCUCUUUUGUUUUCAGCUGACUCAGUAGAAAAUGUCUACAAGUAUGCGCAAAACGGAUUCAAUGUUAUUAAUAAAUGGCUUCAAAAUAACUCACUAACUUUAAAUGCUGACAAGACAAACUACGUCAAGUUUUCGAUGCGCAAGCAAAAACUAAUUGGCACUAACACAACAUUAUAUGCACAUUAUCAUAACUGCACAACUUGCACAAAUAACCAGUGCGCUUGUCCCAGUAUUAAAAUGUCACGUACAGUAAAGUACCUCGGAAUUAUUAUAGAUGACACACUUUCGUUUAAAGAUCACAUUGAAACUGUAAUUAAUAGGAUUCGUAAAUUGAUAUUUGUUUUCAAAAAAUUACGUUACAUUGCAGACCCAAAAAUAAUUAGACAAGUCUACUUUGCUCUAUGUCAAUCGAUAUUAACAUACUGUAUUACCACAUGGGGUGGAGCGAGUAAAACAUUGUUGUUAAUUAUUGAGAGAGCCCAGAGAGCAAUUCUCAAGGUGUCUACUUUCCGGCCCUUCCUUUUUCCCACUAACCUGCUAUACAAAAAGUGUGAAGUACUAACCGUCCGUCAGUUAUUUAUAAUGGGCAUUGUAUUAAAACAGCACUCAGAGCUAACAUAUAGCACGGAAGUUACUAACAAAAGACGUAAAGAUAUAGUCUGUCCUCAAAAUCACACCAAACAUGCUUUCACAUCAAAAUUUUACCUGUUUCUUGGUCCUCUACUUUACAAUAGAUUGAACGCGAAAGCAAACAUUUAUGACUUGAAUCAAGUA